ACCUAAAGUUACUAUUCCCGCUGAUAAGGUGUAGGAAUCCAACAAAAAAAAACUAUUAAAGCCAAAAAGCCCCGCUGUUUCUGCUCAGUUCUCAAAAAGCUGUUGCCGGAAAACACCAAAUCGAGAGAGAAUUUCAUAGCUAUUCUAAAUAUGACUGACGAAAUAGUGAACCCCAACAAGCAUCUUAUAAUCCCAGACUGGAUCAAUGAAAAAUACUUUGCAGGCGUCCUGGCCAAGGACGAACCCAAUCAUGUCAAGGUUCUGAAAUUCACGCCAGUGGCUGCCAUUCCUCCGGGCGAAAAUUUCACCUCGACCAUGUUGAGGAUCCAUAUUAAGUUGGAAAUGAAGAAUGGCGGUGUCAAGGACAAAACAUACAUUUUUAAAACGAUGCUGCCCGAAGAGCGGGGUGGCAAGGACAUCGCCGAGUUCGGCCUGUUUCCCAAAGAGGCCAAGAUGUACGACACAUAUCUUCCGGCCUUCGAAGAACUUUACAAGAAGGCUGGCUGGAACAUUCAGCUGGCGCCAAAAUGCCUGCACACUGAGGAGCGAAAUGGAGACCUUCACUUCAUCUUUGAGGACCUGCGCGAAGCGGGUUUCGGGAACCUGGAUCGCACCAAGGGGCUAGAUAUGAAGCACAUGACGGCGUCAUUGCAAAAACUGGCGGAAUAUCAUGCAGCCAGUGCCGUUUACGAGGAACAAAAUGGACGAUAUCCUGAGGAGUUUUACGAGGGCUUCGUCACUCGGUCGGUCAAAAAGUUCCACAUAGAAGGCUUCAACAUCAAGGAAAAGGCCUACAAGAAAGCCAUGCUCACCUGGGGUAUGCCAGAAGCCAAGAAAUAUAUCGAGAAGUUUCCAAAUGCAGAGCAGUAUUGGGCUCAGGGCCUGGCUACUUUGAACUACGAACCAAAUGAGUUUUACGUCCUCAACCAUGGAGACUUCUGGUCCAGCAAUCUGAUGACGAACUAUCUGCCCGACGGGACCCUGAACAAACUCAUUCUGCUGGACUUCCAGAUAUGCAAGUGGGGCAGUCCUUCCGAGGACUUGCUCUUCUUUUUAAUUCUCUCAGCCAAAAACGACUUGCGGCUAACGGAGUUUGACAACUUUGUGAGGAUCUACUGGGAGCGCCUCGUUGAGUGCCUAAAAGUCCUGAAGUACAAGAAACCGAUACCUGCACUCCGCGACAUCCAGAGGUCUAUGUACCACAAGAACUCCUCGUUUUACGCUUUCUUCAGCAUAUUAAAUCACCUGCCGAUUAUCCUGUUUCCCACCGACAAGGACAGUAAUAUACACAACCUAUCGGCGAACACGCCGGAGGGUGAGAGCUAUAGAGAGCGAAUGCUAUCGAAUCCUGCCUUCGGCGCUGUUAUGAAGGAUCUGUAUCCUUUCCUAUACAACAGGGGCAUCUUGAACUUUGAAGAUUACGACGAAUGA